AUCUGUACAAGUUAGCUUGGUGGUGAAGGAGCAGAACAAACUGCUUUUGACAAAGAACUCUAUUUUAGACAGGAACUAACUAGGCGACGGGGGAGGGUGAAUGCAGCCCAGCAAAGUCAUAAACAUUCCCAAGAAACUGCCAGCCCUGGUCAAAGUUACCCCACCAGGGUGUACAAACAACAUUGGUUUAUGUCUGCUUGCUUCAAACGUCCUUGUUGGUACUCGAUAAACUGCUAUUUUGUCUGUUUGAAAUUCCCCUAUACCCGAAACAACUAAUUCAAGUUGUAUACUUUUACCAAUCCCCAAACGCUAAGACUUGUGUGAUUUACAACUGUAUUUGAACAGUAAAGGCAUCUAUAUUUUGAAAUAAUAGUGAUGCACAGAUGCUGGUGAUGCUGAAAUGGGAACUAAUUGUGGGAGGAAGAUGUUCUGUUCACUGCCAAAGAUGUAAAUUCGCCUAUGCUUUUACAUUGAAAAAUUCAAUGUUAAAACUUGUAAGCUUGGAAAAAAGUCACCAGGCCGACUUUCUCAGCAAAACCUACUUAAAGGUGAAUUUCUUUUACAUAAACUUUCAAUAAAAUGUGUAAAGGGACAGGUCAGACUCUAACUGGCACCUUAAUGUUCUUUACGAAAGUUCUCCUGGACCUAGGACUCUCUCUAAGCCCCCCCCCCCCCAUCUUCUUUCCUUGUUGUCUUUCAAGUCUCCCAGACAUUGUUACUCUAUUCCUUAUUUCCUACUGCUUUUUGUAUUGGUGUCAGUUCUAAUAAAUCUCUUCACGUUCAAGUUAGAAAGUACCAAAAAGAUAACUAUAAUACACAGGCUUGAUGUGUAUUAAAGACUGAAGCAUAAAAAUAACCCUGAAAGUAGCAGUGGUUUCUCAUGUUUCAGUCUGCUGCAGCCAGUAGGUUAGCCUUGUGCACACCCACCAUUUCCUACAAGUCUGUCCCACCUCUUACAAGUUGAUUAUGUGAGAAAAUGAAAGUCUUUUAGGAAUUGUAAAUAUGACAUUUUAAUCCAUCACACUCUGGUGAUCUCAAGAAAAAUCAUACGCAGGCCCAUUCCAUCAUGCAUAAACUACUAGCAUGCACCAGGCCUCUUCCAUAAUACACAGGGCCCUUCUAGUAAUGCACCAGGCCCUGCCCAAAAAACAUAGACCUUCCCAUAAUACCCAGGGCCAUCCCAUCUUGCACCAGGCCCCUCCUAGCAUGCACCAGGCACCUCCUGUAAAGCAAGGCCCCUCUCAUAAUACACAGGCACAUCCCAUAAUACCUAAGUCCCUCCCAUCAUGCAUCAGGCUCCUCCCAACCUGUACCAGGCCCCUCCUAUAAUACACAAAUUACUCCCAUCAUGCAUCAGGCCCCUCCCAACCUGUACCAGGCCCCUCCUAUAAUACGCAAAGCACUCCCAGCAUGCAUCAGGCACCUCCUAUCAUACCCAGGUCCAUCUCAUCAUGUUCCAGGCCCCUUCUAGCAUGCAUCAGGCCCCUCCCUAUUUAUUCUUCAUUAAUUCUGGCUGAAAGUCCUCCAUGAUGCUGAUUGACAUGUGGGUAGCUGAGUUCCUGUGAGGCCAGUGGUUUAACCUCUGUGUAACCCCAGCUUCAUUCUUCCCAAGUUAUCAUUAAAACUCUCUUUUAAAGAAUCUGGAAGGGGAGGUUGCUGAGCCCAGACACCCUAAUUAGUAUGUAAUUAUGGUAAUGAGCUCAGAGGGAUACUUAAUUAUGCUAAUGUGACGGUAGGAUACUUAAUUAUGCUAAUGAAGGCAGACGUAACCAGAUAUGCUAAUGAGGCUCAGCCAGUGUCCCUGUCUGAUGGGAAAGGACUGUGUCCCCACAUAGGAGCCGCAGCAGGAGCUCAGGGUGAGUGCAGUCUGUUGGUUAUUCAGUUUAUUAUCACACUGCAGGGGUGGGGGGAGAGGGUCAAUGGUUCUCUGUGGCUCCUGAGCAGGGGGGACCCCAGAAUUGGGGGGAGAAUGUGAUAGCUGUUGAGGGUGUUUCAGGAGUGCUGUCUGCUCAGGAGCAGGAGCUAUCUGUCCCUCCAUCUGUCUGUCAUGAUAAGAAAUGGUGUGUUUGAUUGACAAGUGUGACUGGGUCCAGUCUUGAUAGCAAAUGAGAUACAUUUGAUUAACAGCUGUAACUGGAGUCCAAGUCAUGGUGGAAAACGAUGUGUGUUUGUUUCACAGCUGUGGCUGGGUUCAGGUCAUGAUUGGAAAUGUUUGAUUGACAGGAGUGACUUGAGUCUGGGUCAUGAUGGAAGUGAGUGUUUGAUUUAAAGGGGUGAAUGUGGUCUGGGUCAUGUUGGGAAAUCACCUGUGUUGAUUGGCAGAGAUGACUGGGGUCUGGGUCAUGAUGGGAGUUUGAUUGACAGGAGUGACUGGUGUCCAGGUUAUGAUGAAAAUGUCAUAUAUUUUAUUGACAGGAGUAUGUAAAUUUCUGUUUCUCUGUCUGAAUAUUCUCCUACGAUAAUGUGAGGGAAUCACAGAAAGUCAAGUAGUUUUCAUGUGACAUCAGGCAGGACCAACAAACCCCAUGUUUUUUUAUUGACCCUGCCCAACCCUGCCUGGUUGGCUAUGUAAUUGAGGCCACAGAGAGUGAUGAAAAAUUUAACAACUGUCCAAGUUCCCUUUGAACUUCAUUCUUGAUCACUAGCAACUCAGACUCCCGACACAUCACACAAUUACUAUAAAACAGCCAUGUCUAAGUAAUUGGGGUGACUGAGGUAACCCUGUGAUAUCAAAGACCCUGGAAGUAUAAAUACUGCUCAUGAUUCUGCCCCUACUACCCCUGGAAUUAUUUUUUAAUGAAGCCAUGGGCCUCUUUAUCAAAUUUCAGGAACUGAUAAGAGGGUCUAUGCAUUCACCUGGGCCUCUGGGCCCCUGGUAUUCUGGAAAUUAAUAAGGAAUCAGCAGUUAUAAUGGUUUUAGCCCAGGAUAUCCCACAUCCUUUGCUGUGUGUGCACAGGGUCUUCCUACUGUGUCUCUAUGGGCUCAUGCUUAAGUGAGGAUCUGUCACCUGGGGUGGGGUAAGGGAUAUUGGACCCUAGAGUCCAAUCACUGAGGAGGAGUCAUCCCCCCAGAGACUAUCUCUCACACCACAGCUGAUAUAAUAGCAUGAGCAUUUUAUUAAUUCUGUCAUGACAGGGUCUUUCAGCAUUCGGGAGGCUAGAAAGACCCAAAAUGGCUGGUACAGGCUAUUUUUAAAGGGAAAAACCACAGAAGCAAGAGGUGUCUAGGGAUUGUUCUUUAACUAUUAUGAUUGGCUUAUUUAAAAGGGUUAUUACCAAUAAUUGACUGUAGAGCGAUUGUCAGAUCACAUGAAGUAAGGGGAAACAUCUGAGGGUCACUUUGCCCCUUUCCCAGAGACUGAGUCAAAACAUCAAGUAGUAUGUGCAUGUGUAGUUGUUAACUGAGUCAACACCUAAGGGUUAUCUUGUCCCUAUUCAAUAACUGAGCUCUAUUUGGAGAACAUUCACAAGGACUCAGGGAGCUGAUGGAAAGUUCCCAACAUUUUAGUACGUGUGUGGGCAAUUGUUAGGUCCUUGGUUCCCAGGGGAGGGGGGAGCAUUACUGCUGAGACAGGGUUGUCAGAAAUGGUUUCAGAGUUCCAUGGGGAUACUGCAUAAGAGUCUGUGGAAGCGUCAGAGUGGGUGACAUUAGGGACGUGUUCUUCUUUUUCUCCACUGUGUAAUUCCCUGCUAUCCCAGCAUGCCUUGCAAUGGGUUGGGCAGUGCCACUCACUUCCCUUCUGUUUGAAUUUUUGUUAUAAAUGUGAACCAUUUCUUUCUAAAUGACAGGAGGGAGGUAUACGUUGAGAUUGCCCUCCAGAGCACUGUGGGAGACUGUGAGACAGCAGGGCAUCGUUGGAGCACAGGAUGGAGAGGAACAACAACAUGGGAGGAUGGAGUGGAGCAGGGUUUCAUGGGAGCAGGGGGUGGAUGAAGUGGCAUUAUGGGAGCACAUGCUGACACCCAGCUGCUGACAUCACAGUGCACAGGAAGUAAAGAGACCACUUUUUGUGUCCCUUUGAAGGAAAUGCACAUAAUUACUGUUAGGAAUUUUUCCUAACAUGAGCUCUCUGCUGAUGCAGAAAUCCCAAUCAAGUCAAAUCACAAUAAGCCAAAUUAGAAAUAUCCAGGUUUAAUGGGAUUCCUGUGCUCUCAGGUGGACCCAAGGGGGAACCUGGAAGCCGCAAAUGCGACCACCGCAGGGGGGACAUGAGUAAAGAUACCACCAGGAAACUUUCCACGGAAGCAGUUUAAAUAGAAUGAGGGCAUCUUGACCAUCCUCUGGGUGGGCACAGGAACAGGGCCUCCAAAGAUGGAGGCCAGAGACCAGGGCUUACAAUUACCAUCUAGGCUCCACCUUUUCUAAGUGGCCCUGUCUCCAACUACUGCCACUUGUUGGGAAACAGGUCACAUAAUGAGCUGCAAUUAAAAGUCAUGUCUUUUCCUGUAAACCUGAGAAAUAUCUCCUACUUGGCAUGAAAUAAGCCCCACCCUGGCGGUCCUGUUGACCUAAAAGUCUAUCAGAAUGAUGUCAGCAUGAUGACACAGCCAGGUCACAUUCAGGUGACAAGGGAUCGCACUUAUAUUUUUACAUUUAUUUUUGUGCUUUUCUUUCUAGUACAGAAGAAGAUGCAACCACAAAGCACACGGACCCUCUGCCUGUGGCUGUUCCUCUGCUUUGCUUUUGCAGACACACGUGGUGAGUUUGUGACUCGGAACUCCCGCCCCAACAUUGUGCUGCUCAUGGCCGAUGACCUUGGCGUGGGGGACCUAGGCUGCUACGGGAACACCUCUGUCAGCACUCCAAACAUUGACCGUCUGGCGAGCGAGGGCGUGAUGCUCACACAGCACCUGGCAGCUGCAUCUGUUUGUUCACCAAGCCGUGCAGCUUUCCUCACAGGGCGCUACCCUGUGCGCUCAGGCAUGGCGUCACCCAACAAUGUGUACCGUGAUGUCAUGUGGCUGGGCGGGUCGGGCGGACUCCCGAGCAAUGAGACGACUUUCGCCAAGAUGCUGCAACACAGGGGGUACCGCACAGGACUCAUAGGUAAGUGGCACCUGGGUAUGAGCUGUGCAUCUCGUGGCGACCACUGUGCACACCCGCUCAACCACGGCUUUGACUUCUUCUACGGGAUGCCACUGGGACUGCUGGGAGACUGCAGUGCUGGUGCCUGGCCGGAAGUGCACCGCAGGCUGCGAAUUCAGUUGUGGGUGACAUCAGCAGCGCUGGCCACCCUCCCCUUCCUGCUGUUGGUGCCCCGCCUGGCAGGCUGGUUUCCUGUCCCUUGGAUGCUCAUGGCCACUUCUGGAUUCCUGGCUGCACUUUUUUUCCUGUCCUGGUUCAGCAGCUACGGCUUCGUGCGCAGGUGGAACUGCAUAAUCAUGCGUGACCAUGAUGUCAUCCAGCAGCCAGCUGAUGAGGCACGGGCGGCAGGGUUGAUGCUGAGCGAGGCGCUGGCCUUCAUCGACAGGCACAAGCGCAGCCCAUUCCUGCUGUUCCUGUCCUUCCUACAUGUGCACACACCGUUGCCUACACGUGGAAAUUUCGUGGGUCGCAGCAAGUUUGGGGCAUACGGGGACAAUGUGGAGGAGCUAGACUGGAUGGUAGGGAAAGUCCUUGCUGCCCUGGACCGGGAGCGCCUGACCAAUCAGACCCUGGUUUACUUCACAUCAGACAAUGGUGGCCGCCUGGAGGCCGAGGAAGGCGGGGUCCGAGCUGGUGGCUGGAAUGGGGUCUACAGGGGAGGCAGUGGCAUGGGUGGCUGGGAGGGCGGAGUGCGUGUGCCUGGCAUCUUCAGGUGGCCUACAGUGCUGGAGGCAGGACGAGUCAUCGAGGAGCCCACGAGCCUCAUGGACCUGCUCCCCACACUAAGUCACGUGGGUGGCGGGAUCCUCCCCCAGGACAGAGUGAUUGAUGGCCAGAACCUGAUGCCAUUGCUGGAGGGCCAUGUGCAGCACUCGGACCAUGAGUUCCUGUUCCACUAUUGUGGCAUUUUCCUGCACAGCGUCCGGUGGCACCAGAGGGACUGCAACACUGUGUGGAAGGCCCAUUAUGUCACUCCCAAUGUCUCCCCGGAGGGCUCGGACAGCUGCCAAGGCGGUAGUGUAUGCGCAUGCUCUGGUGAUGUCACCCACCACGACCCACCCCUGCUCUUUGACAUCUCUCGAGACCCUGCAGAGUCACGACCGCUGAACCCCGACAACGAAGCUCUGUUCGAGACAGUGCUCAGCAAGAUGUCAGUGGCUAUGAGGAAGCACCGAGCCACCAUUACCCCCGCACCCCGCCAGCUCUCUGUCUUCAACGCCCUCUGGAAGCCCUGGCUGCAGCCUUGCUGCGGUGCCGCUUUCCCGCUCUGUGGCUGCACGGGGGAGGAUGCGUGAGCACGAUUUUCACCAAGGGCCAGGUGCUUCCCAUGAAGUGCUUCGUGAUGGCAAUGUGCUUGCCACACAGAGCUCACUGAGGGUGGUGUACGUCCCACGUGGUGUUCCCUGAUGGAGGAGUGCUUCCCCCAUGCAAUGUUCCAUGAUGGCAGGAUGAUCCCCAUGAGGUACUCACUGAUGGCAGGGUGCUCCCAGCAUGGUGCUCUACCAUUACUGAUGCUUCUCACACUGCUCACUGACCUUGAGGUACCCCCUACGUGUGCUUAUGAUGGUGGGCUGCUCACCACAUGGUGCUCCCUGAGAAUCUGUGCUCCCCAACAAUGUUCACUGACAACUGGAUGCUCCCCACAGUGCUUGCCAAGAGGGAUUGUCCUCACACAGUGCUCAUGGAGAACACCAUGCUCACCACGCGGUGCUCACUGAUGCAGGGGUGCUCACCAGGCAGUUUUCUCUAGAUGUUGAACUGAUGAUAGCUGGGCUCCUUACACAGUUCUCCCUGAUAGCGGUAGUGCUCCUUACAGAGUGAUCACUGACUCUUGCACUUACCACAUGGGUGCUCCUCCCAUUGUGCUCAAUGACAGCAGGUUGUUCUUCACACAAUCCUUCCUGAAAGUGGGAUGCUCUUCACAUAGUACUCCUUGACUGCUGGGGAGCUCCUUACCUGAUGCACCAUGAGAGCAGGGUGCUCCUCAGUUGGUACUCCCUGAGCAAGGUGUUUCUCACUUGGUAUUCUUCAUGCAAUGCUCCCUGAUAGUGGGUGCUCACACAGUACUUCUUGUCCAUCAUUUAUCCCUCAAAAUAUUUGAGUUAUCACCCUGUGCAUGACGACACAGGAGGCCCAUGCUUCAGUUUCUUCAGCAGGUCCUCCCUGUUUUCCUGAAAACAGAGAAGAUUCUACAGAUUGAGAGAUUUGUGUGUCAUUGUAAUAAAUUAGCAUAAAGUAUUGCAUAGUAAAUUAACAUACAAUUGUCAUAAUUAGAAUAAUUGGUCAUAUGUUAUAAAUGCCACCUGUGCUUUUUUUCUGACCCAUGCAGGGGGACUUAUGGGUAGAGAUGCAGAUGAUGAUGGUGGACACUCCCACAAACACAUUGUGAUACCAUCAAGUCUAAUACUGAGCCAAAGAACGGCGUUAUAAAGUCAUCUGCCCUCAGAGACUAACCAAAUACUGUUGUGAUGUCAUCAUGUCUCUCUCUGUCAGGAAGGCAACAGAAAUGUCAUGACAUCAAAUGGUAGAUAAUAACCAAGCAGCAUCAUGAUGUCAUCAUAUCUGAAAUGCUACAAAUGAACAGUCAAGUGACCCUAAAAAAGCAACCUGGAAGUGAAAAGAGUGACCCAGGGUCCUGCAGCAAAGCAUGAUGGGAGGUGCCUGAGUGCCCUCCAAGGAGACUCUAGACCAGUUUGCUGUCAGACAGAUCCUACUGGACUCUAGAGAUCGGUUUUGUCAUAGAUGACAUCACAUCCAACUUCCCAAGCCCCACUGUGGCCCCAGGGAUUUUGGGAGCAGCCUGAGGAAAUUUCCCAAUGAUUUAGGAUUUUUUUUUUUUUUUAGGGUGGGAAGGAGCGUGGAUGGUCCAAAUG